UGUGAGCGACAGUCAAUGCCUGCAAUGUUUAUAUCCUUUUCCUGUAAAGUGUCUGAUGUUUGACUUGUUUUCCCUGAAGACUCGCCACUAAACACAUCUGAAAACAAUGACCCAAAAGCGCCGAAACAACGGACGGGCGAAACACGGGAGGGGACACGUGAAGGCCGUCCGAUGCACGAACUGCGCCCGAUGUGUGCCCAAAGACAAGGCCAUCAAGAAGUUUGUGGUCAGGAAUAUCGUGGAGGCGGCGGCCGUGCGGGACAUCACCGAGGCUUCGGUCUACGAGUCCUAUCCAUUGCCGAAACUGUACGCGAAGUUACACUACUGUGUCUCGUGUGCUAUCCAUUCGAAGAUUGUCCGCAAUCGGAGCAAAGAGGACCGUAAGAUCCGGACCCCUCCGCCCCGAUUCCAACGGCCCGGACAACAGGCCGAUCGCGGGGACCGACAGAAUCAGGCCAACCGAACGCAACAGAAGUGAGUGGAGACACACCGUUCGGAUGGAUGUUAAUUAAUGGAUGUGUUUUUCGAACUUAAAUUAAUAAUUCAUUAAUUUUUUGUCUAAAGUAAUAAAAAUUAAUUGAAAACUGA